AUUUCAGAGUGGUUGAAAAAUCAAUGGGUUGAAAUGAUGGAGCCUAAUAAUGUCGAGAGGAUUUCUGAACACGAAUUUUGAUACGUAUAAACAUUGUGUACAGCAUCAGAGACCUCCAAGAAGUGGACAGUCAGUAUAAAAUCUGACAAAACUGAAUACAAACAUGCGUAAACUGUUUAAAGUGGAAUGGGAUUCCAAGGACUCUGGUUUGCAACUAAAGUGGCAAAGUGGAAAUCCUCUAUGCUGUUGGUCAACGCGAAACCUUGUUGCAUUUACAACAGGCCACGUUGAAUCUGUGGAAUCAAUGUCAUGGCGCUGUACAAUAUUUGUUCAUAUCAUGUGUCCAGAGUACCCCUGGGAGGUUUAUCAUAUCAAAGUGGAUGUCAAAGAUGUGGUCGAGCACUUGCUUUGGGACCGAAGUAGCACAAGACUUAUUGUUAUUGACAGCACUGGAAGUUGUAAACUGUUUGGAAUGCGAAAAAGCUUUGUCAAUUGCUGGGAGAUCAUACAUGAAGUAUGUCUUGAUAGUAAGAUUGUCUGUGCAUCAUGGCUUGAUCCUGGCUCAAGGCACAUUUUUGAUGCCAAAGCAGGUCAUGCUAACCUUCUUGAGAAAUUUUCAAAACGCUUGGUGAAAUCAACCCUUGCUGAUAUUGCUGGGCUGAGCAGAGAUGGGUUCAUAGCUGUAACGGAAACUGGUAUUGCUAAUGUUGCAUUGCUUGAAAAAGGAACCAAGGUCCUCAAGGUUCAAAAAGCUAAGCUCUUUGCAAACAGGUGCAGAAUCUUGCAUGGGGAUAUUAAAUUCAAAGAAGAUGGAAAAGUUUAUGUUGUUUUAGCAACUGACAAAAGGGUUGUUGAAUUUUUCGUAUUGUCUUUGAGGCUAGUCAACAUGAAGGUUGAGAUUCAAGUUGAAAUAUCCCCAUGCAUUAUACCACAUGUUAUAUCUGACGAAGAAUACAUGACAUACCAUGUUUCAUGUGUCAAGUUCAGCAAUGAAGUUAAUGCUGACAAAGUUCUUGUCUGUACUGAGAGUGGCCUAGUUACCUGUUUGAAGCUCUUUGAACUCAAGAUAGAAAAGGCAUCAUUACAGCCAGUCUUGCAAAGAAUGGCACAGAAUCCAAAAGUCAUUAAUGUCAAAGAAUGGAUGUGCUCCAAGUCAAUAACUCUGCAAGGACACAUAUCUUGCAUGUCACUCACAAGAAUGGUCAGCAUUAUUCAGUCAACCAGUGAUGUACCGUUAUGUCCAUCGAUGCUAUUUGCUACAAAAGAAGGAAAGUUGCAUACAAUUAGCUCCAACCUGUCAAAUGCAAGUAACAUAGAAUUUUCAUAUCAAGAGGAAAGGAUCAUGUGCCUCACAUACUCUCCUUGUGAUACUUGUGUCUUGGCAGUAACAGAUGGUGGUAAUGUGUCAGUGUUCCAGGCUGUGUCAUUUGAUUCAGUAGCAGAUAGAGUAACCAUAAAGACAUGUGUGAAUCUCUUUGAAUACUGCCUUGUCACUGGCAUAUCAUCAUGGGGUGUUGCCAUAACUGCAGCUGGACUUGGGGACAAAUACUUAGAGCAAUGCUCCCAACUUUUGAGAAGCAACUUACUUGGUCAGCCAUCAAUGACCCAGGAAAGAAUGUCAGCUUCAUAUGCUCAAAUCCAGGCAGAAAUUUACAAAAGCUUAGAUGGGCUUUAUUUUGGCACAGUUGAAAGCUACAAUUUUCUCAUGCUUAAGUCCAUCUAUUGUUUCUUUCACUCCACUGUCAACCUACAGUCUGCUGAAAGAGAGGCACAACUUCUUUUGAAAUUAAAAACUCUUUGUAGCAGACAACUAGAUAUUGAUUUACCAAAGAUCAUUCAGAUCCUUGAGGUAAAAGAUUUGCAGGUAAAUGCAACAUUGAUUGCAUCAUUGCAGCAUCAAAUUCAAUGGAUUGCAAGUUAUUCAAUGCAUGUCUGCAGACUGAUUUUAACAACUAUAAAGAGAGCAAACUUCAAGCAAGUUGUUUCUAUGCUCAGCAUCCAAGGUUUGAAAAUUCUAAGGGAGCUUCUUGCAUUGAUAUACAUCUGGGGACAGUCAUGUCCAGGAUGGCAACCACAUUUCAUAGAGCAAGGCAAUCCAUCAGAUAUUAUCAAUCAUCUAUUCAAAUUUGUAUCAAAGUUGUGUUUGAAGCUGAUGCAAAAUGAUAUCAGCAAAGACAACAUGAAUGAAGAUGAUAUACCAAUGAGAGGCCACCCGUUUAUGUACCAAGUCUCUCCAUUCUAUGAUCCAAAAUGUGGCACAAUAAGUCAAUGCAAAUAUCAGGACUGUGAUUAUUACACAUUUUCACCAGAAGAAGAAAUAAUUUCCAGUGCCAAACAAUUCACAUUUCCACAUCCAAUGGAACAAGGUAGCGUCACUAUCUCAGGCAGAGAUUAUAUUUUUGAUGCCAUUAAUCUUAUACAGACCUCAGUCAUGAAAGGAGAGACCCUGAAGCAAUGCAUUCAGUGCUCAUGUUUGACACUUAGCAUAGCAGAUUCUAGUCGAACUCUACAGCCCUCUUGGAAAGAGCAAUGGAUAGACACAUGCUUUUGUGGUGGAUUUUGGAGAGCUCUUGAUAUAGACAAAGAAACUGAUGUUGUUCAAUCAAAGGGGGCCACAUCUGCUGAAGUUAAGUCUUCAUAAACUCAGUUUUGAGCAUCAUAACUUUUCAUUGGUUGUUUCUUGUCUGCGUUAUCUUAUAACCAGUUUUGAGUCAAUAAACAUUAUAUCCAAGGCAUUUUGUAACUAUUGUUGAGAUUAUAAAUGAGUUGUUUCAAAAGCACUCUCAAUUGACUGAACCUUUCCUAUGUGUAGAUAAGAAGUAUAGUAUAGCGUCUUCAUUCAAAGAAAUGUUGUGUAUGAAAAUGAAUAUAUGUUCCAUUAUAUAGAAAGAUUAGGUUUUUGUUAGAUAGCAUUUAGGAGGUGAUAUGGUGCCUUCAAAAUUGUGAUUGAACAUUUCGAAAAUCUCCAUUACCAUUAGGUUAAAUAGAGAAAUAAGAAAAACUUUUCAUAGAAUACAGCAAAUGGCUCUUGUAUUGAUGGAAAGUUCAAGCUCAAUGUGUACAUUACAUUUUCUAAUAUUUGGGAAGUGCUUUUUUCUAUCAUCGUCUGUGAGCCACCACUUCAAGCCCUGAAUUUGAUUCAAUGCUGCUGAAAGACGGUAGAAUUAAAGACGGGUAGAGUUUGAAUUCCGGUAACCAGUAAGCAAAAGCACCUUUUGAAGCAAAAAUUGUCUUAUGUGGCAAUACAGAAAGGAGAGGUUUAGGGAAGUGUUCACAACUGAGAUCAACACUUAUUCGGGGGAAGUCACCUCAGAGUUUAGACUAUUUUGGGAAAGGGAAGAAGGUGGGUAUUAUCAAAAACUGACAUUAUUUCAUGUGCUAAACAUAAAACCUACAUUUAUUUGCAAAUAGUGCCUUUUUAAGAAAAUGAAACAUAUUUAAUGCUAGAUAUGCAAUGAUAGAUACAAAGGAUGUACUUAUAGUUCUACAAUGUCUGCUU